AUGCACACGUGUCUUGUUCGAAUACAGACCAAUUUGGAUCCGUCCGGGAUGCUCGAUGCGCACUCGCAAGGUGGCUCGCUCAUGCAACAACAACAACAACAAAUGCAACCGCAACCACCUUACCGUUCGGUUUCACAAAUGCAACAGAACAUGCCCAUGAGUCCAACCGGAAUGAUGCCGGCCGCAAUGAAUCAAAAUCCGUAUGGUUCAUUGGGUGUACAAGAUGGGGAUAUGAUGAAUGCGCAGGGCAUGAUAACCUCAAACAAUGCCAUCCUGACUGGACCGUCAGCAGGGUAA